AUGAGUUCCCCUGAAACUGAGGCAUCGAUGGCGAAGACAUAUACUCAUAUGGUUGGAAUGCAGUCGGCGGGAUUGGCGGGGGGUGAUGCAGUGAAGAAUCGGAAAGGAUGUGCGGAGAGGGAAGGAGGAAGGUCGGCAUCGGGAACGGGUAUUCUGAGAAGCUUUGCAAGCCCUGUUCUGGCCUGCAGACUCCACAGCUCCCUCAAACCGCAUGAGUUUCUCACUGGGGAACUCGUGGAGAUCUAUAUCGUUCGCGCUUUCAAGACUGAAGACGUCGUUCGAAAACAGAUUGCCAGCGGUCGCUUCUUGUGGUAUGCCAAACAUGUUAUUGUACCACCCGUGGAGAUCUAUAUCGUUUGUGCUAACAAGAGUGGAGACGUCGUUCGAGAACAGAUUGCCAACGGUCGCUUCUUGUGGCAAGCCAAACAUGUUAUAGUACCACCCAUUCUUGAUGGAACAUGA